AUGAUUAAUUCGUCAUCAAUCACACAUUAUUAUAUCUUGGCAACAUCAACCUCGUCGACAACUGCCAUUUGGAUAGUUAACGAACAAGAUUCUACAACAACAAAUCUUGAUGUUUAUCAAGCGUCAGUUCGAACAAUGUGGUAUCGUUUUCUCUUAAUUAUCAUCAUUUUCGUUACGGCUGCCGGCAACGUUCUCGUUUGUUUGGCGAUAGCACGAGAACGAAAAUUACAAAACACAACCAAUUAUUUUCUUAUGUCAUUAGCAAUCGCUGAUUGUCUUGUUGCAAUACUCGUCAUGCCGAUGGGAAUGAUUUCUGAAAUUAUCGGUUACUUUCCGUUGUCACAUUACGCGUGUAUUAUUUUUGCUACAUUGGACGUUCUAUGUUGUACAUCGUCAAUAUGGCAUAUGAGUACGAUGUCUAUGGACCGAUAUUUUACAAUUCGUUUUCCAUUUCGUUAUGGAAGAAACAAAACACGUCGUAUCAUGCUACUGAAAAUUGUUGCCGUUUGGGCAAUAAGCGCCGCUGUAUCAUCUCCAGUGUUCGUCUUAGGUAUUGUGGAUAAGCAGAAUGUCCUAUCCAACGGUGUUUGUGCACCAAACAAUGCCUCAUUCAAAUUGUACGGUUCUGUAUUUGCAUUCUAUAUUCCAUUCAUUAUUAUGAUAACGACAUAUGCAUUGACGAUGCGUUCAUUGCGAAAUGUUUUAGUUCAUAAACGAAAAUAUAAUCGUGAACGACGAUUAAAACAAACUUUCCGACCAUUGGCACAGAUAAUCAAUCAAUAUGCGGAAAUAGCUCAUAACAUUCGACGAACAUCCUCAUCAACAAACAAUCCGACAACUUCAUUACUAUCGAAUACAAACACGACCAGUAAUAAUAACAAUCCUAAUUCUAUUUUAUCUCGAACUUCCUAUGCAAUUAUUACUACAACGACAACAUCACCACCAACAACGGACAGUCGAACACAGUUUUUCCCUUUGCAUAGCUCCGAUAUGAAUGUGAAACAAGAUUCAAAUAAUAUUCAAUAUGGUUCUAUUAAACUAACAAGUGGCACAAACAUAUCGAAUGAAUUACUCCAUAGUAAUCAACAUUUAACUAUUAGUUAUAUUAAAUCGAGUGGAAGUAAGAAACGCCGUGCCCAGCAACAGUUACAGCAACAACAACAACAAAAUCUAAGUACAUCAAGCAACCGUUCGAAAACCGACGGCGAUAUGAGUACUGUAUAUGAGAUAACGGAAUGUUCGAAAUCAACAUCCGAUUCUCAUGAUUUAACGUCAAUUACUGGAAAUAGUGUAAUUGGAAGAUCAAUUGUUACUAUUGAAGAACAAGAUCAACCAUUGACUAUGUUAGAGCAAGAACAACAAACUUCUCCGACGAUAACAACAUCAACUAUCAACGCAAUAUCAACACUCAAAGAAGAAGAAGAAGCUUGUUUGACGACAGAUGUAGAUAGUCGAAUUGAAGAAGAUGAACCAACAUACAUGCAAAUCGUUCCAUCGUCAUCAACUCAUUCGAAUCUACCUGAAUCAAUUUCUCUUUCAUUACCAUGGGAAUCCUAUCUUCCUUUCAUGCAAGCGAUUCUUCACUACUAUCUGCUAGUUUUCCCCUAUCGACUUCGCCCAUUGCCCAUCGAACCGCCCGAAAGUACGGAUGAAGAAAAGCCUGUAACAGUAAAGUUACAUCAAUCGACAUCGACAACUUCAUUGAGUCAACGUUUGAUAAAAACUUCUCGAACAGUCUCGACGCAAACCUUUUCAAUCCCAUCAUUGGAUUUAACCAAUAUUCAUCCGGCAGACACCAAUGAAACUUGUACACUUAAUUCAGUUAAACGACGCCGAUUUCCUUUCAAUCACCCACUUUUAUCUUCCUCAUCUCUAUUCACAAAUUUUUUUCGUCAAUCAUCACGAAACGUACUUUCACAUUCACGUCAGAAUUCCGAUAAAUCAUCUGCUUCACUUUGGCAGCGUUCCUCGCCUGCAUCAUCUACAUAUCCAUUUCGACAUCAACGUUCACCUCCGUACCAUUCAUCAACUGUUUUUCGUCAAAUCGAAUCGGAAAUGGACAACAUUCUCUCCGUCGAACAUCGUCCGCGUGCAUCAUCAUCGUCGGCUAGUCUUCUUCAUACGACCUAUGGGCAAGGUAAUCAAAUACCCUCACAUUGGCAUCGGCCGUUGAAACACCGGCAUCCUUAUCAAUCUCAUUCAUCGUAUUUAUUAACCAAUCCACACCCGUACAAUCCUCGUAACCACCACGCAUUAACUUCGACAACAAAUACAAUCUCAUCUGAUUCGUCGUCUGUUUUUCAUCGAUUUAAUCCUCGAGUAUUAAGUUCCAUUUCUCAUUCUCAUCAUACAUCGUCUCAACGCCUAAAUGACGAACAUAUCGUCGCUGCUAACGAACGCAAAGCUCUUCGAGUUCUCAUGAUCAUCUUUUGUGUCUUUGUUACUCUAUGGACACCGUUUUUUAUAUGUACAUUUAUAUCAGCUGUAUGUGAACAAUGUCGUGAACGUAUCUCAUCGACAAUCUGGUUUUCAAUAACAUGGCUUGGUUAUAGUUCCUCAAUGGCUAAUCCUUUUAUCUAUACGAUAUUUAGUGAUGUUUUUCGACGUGCAUUUACAAAUAUCAUUUUCUGUCGGUCAAAUGAGUCAGUAUUCUCGCGACAAUUUUCAACAAAAUCGUCUCGACAGAAAGGUGCUCCUACCGCUGCUCAUCAGACGAAUAAUCAUCAACUCUCUUUUCGGCGAAGUCCAAACCCUGAUUAUUCGAAUCCAUCGACACCAAUACAAUUGAACUCUCCUCCGAUCCCGCUGGGCGAAAGUGAUGGCACGAUUUAUAUCAAUCGGUGCGCGUCAGAUUUAUUACGUUAA